AUGACAGGUUUCAAGUUCAAUUUGGCAUUGAUGAUGGCGCUCAUGCUUGCAUCUGUGCAGUUUCAAGGCACGGCGGCUCAAACUACCCAUGUGGUCGGCAACGCCUUGGGCUGGAAUAUUCCUCCCAACGGACCUUCUGCUUACACCACCUGGGCAUCAACUCAGACCUUCAGAGUCGGCAAUGUUCUUCUCUUUAACUUCAGAGUCGGCAACGCCGUGGAGACGACAAUUUCAGACCCUAUGGAGACGACAAGUCGUCGGCAUAGGGUAUCGCGACGACAAGUCGUUGGAAAAAACUCGUCGGCAUAG